AUGUCUGAACUGCGUGUUGCAGAUAUGUCUCAAGAUACAUUGGAUAGUAUAAAAAAGUUCAAAUUUCGAAAAUGUAAUAACACAAUCGCUCUUACAUUAAAAAUUGAUAAAGAGACUCUAAAAGUUGAAAUAGAAGACACUUUUGAAGAAGAUACUACAUUGGAAAGCCUUAAAGAUGCAUUGCCAAGCCAUCAACCCAGAUACGUUCUUUUAAGUUACCGAUUUGAAAAGCACGACGGUCGUGUAUCAUUUCCAUACUGCUUAUUGUUUUCAACUCCACAAGGAUCACCUCCGAAUCUUCAAAUGAUGUAUGCUGCAAGUCUUACAAAUGUAACUCAUAAAAGUGAAGUGACAAAGGUGUUCGAGUUAAGAGAUCUAGACGAACUUUCAGAUGAAUGGUUGGAAGAAAAUUUGAAUCGUACCGCUUGA